GUUAUUUUAUAUAAAUAGCCAAAUAUGGCUUGCGUGAGAGGUAGAUUGGGAUUUAGACUGAGACGGGGAUACAGGUAUAAGCAACAAACGUCAAAUUGGCCUUAGCUUCCUGUAAUAUGCUUUUCAGCUAAGUAAAAUAUAAUCUAAUCUAUUAAACAUGAGGAAACAUAAAAGGGCUUUUCAGAAAUGGUUAGUUGUUACACUUACCCUGUUAAUUACCUUAGAAAAACUUUGGGCUGAAAGGUACACCAAUUGAAUUAUAAACCAACUGAUCUAGACCCAAUAGUCUUUUACUCUUCUUCCUUAAAAAAAACAUUCCCUAUAUGCAGCACUAAAUCCACUCAUCAACGUAAACAUCUUAUAAAAUUCUUUGAUAUAAUUAAAUUUAUGUGAAAUUAAUAAACUAGUGAGUUAUUUAAGAGUUAUCGAGGUGGUUUAGUUUUAUCUUUAAGGAAGAGCUAAAGUACAAGACAUAAUCAUAACCGUCAUAAAACCUUAAAAUUAUAAUAAGGAUCCUAAUUCAUAUAUGUUCUCUCCAUGUCUCCUCCUCUCUAAUUUAUUUCCUCAUUAUCUGCCUUUUAAAUGUACUUUUGUUUUUGUUUAGAUCAAACUCUUGUUUUGUUCUACAAAUAAUGUUUUGAAGCUAACGUUAGCUUACUGGUCCCAAAAUAUGUUGUGCCCUAAAACUAGGUCAAAGUUUAAAUGCAGGACCACAAAAUUCUGUCUGAGUGUAAUCACUAAUUACAGCUUUAAUUAUGCAUUAAUUAUAGCGCAAAAUUAACCUAUGAUUAAUCAUACGUAAAUUGAUUCGUGUUUUUCUUUAUAUAGAUCAAAUGAAUGAAAAUAGAGAAAGAGAAGUGACAUUAUAGUUUGCAGAUUUUUUUUGUUGAACAAGACUGUUAACGUUAUAUUUUGGUGGUAACUAUGGCAUCAGUUCAACCACAUGUCAUUUUAUUUGACUUUUUAAAGUCACUGAAGGUUUAUAGCUAGCAACUAGUAAUGCUCAUGAAACCUCCAGUCUUUUAAAUACACAUCGAGACAAUUAAAUUGGAUUAAGAGCUUUGAUAGUUAAGAUGGACCCUACAUAUGUUCAAAGGAUAAACACAUCUCAAGAAAUUCUUUGGUGGUUUAAUCAUUGAAACACUCUCUUCUUCCAUGUUUUCCUCCUUGAUGAAUCAUUACAAAUUUACUUGGGACUUAUUUUAUAAGAAAAAUGAAUACCUGUCUUCAUUAAACUAUCAACAAAAUCAACGUACGAACUAUACCUUUCACCAUUCAUAUAGACAAACCUACAAGAUCCUUCUUACAACUUACAAGAUCGGUUUUUAUAAAGGAUCAUCAUCAUGAAGCUCUUCCACAAGUUUCGAAAGAUUCUCAUGAGGCUCAUCGACAUCACUCUUCCUUGCUCCUCCCGCCGACAAAGGAAAUCAGGCGAGGGAGAGAGGUUUGAGCCGCCGAAGAUAUCUUGCAGUAGUUCGUACUAUUCUUCUCACGUACACUACAAUGAAGCUAUCGCAGAUUGCAUAGAGUUCUUUAAUAAGUCUUCCGCUAUGUCUUGUGAUGCGGAUCAUGGAGGUCGUCAUGUAGAGGAUCGUGACUGUUUUUACGUUUAAUCACAUCUCAAAAGCUCACAUGUUUCUCCUUUUUUUGUUGCUAUAACAUUUGAUUCGAGGCUUUGCUUUUAUUUUGUUUUAUUUGAGUUGUUGUGAUUUUGAAACACUUAUAUUAUAUAUGGCCAUUUAUAAAUUAUCCACAUUUUUAGGACUAUAGUUUUUUAAAACUUUCUAGCAUUUUCAUAGUUUUCAACCUAUCAUACUUUGAAAAGAAAUGGAUGUAACUAUGUGAACAUUUUUUAGGAGUCUAGUUUUCUUAGAUUUUUCUAGCAUUUCCAUCUAGGUUGAAAUACUCAUAUAUAGGAGAUUGUAGCUAAGUUUCUCGAGUUUUCAAAAUUGUGAAUUCAAUCAUAAUUAGGGUGUGAUCAUACCAACACUAAUGCAUUAUUUCAGAAAAACUCUGCAAUUAAAAUGCAAGAGUAAUAUUAGAAUCAGUGAUUUCCCAGAAAAUCUUCGUGUUGCACCAUUUCUUAAACCAACGAAGAAGAAUUGCUAAUUGUUUUAGUAUACCU